CAGAUUUCGUAUCUAAUUUUAGACAAGCAGCAAUUUCCGGUCCAUGUGGAGAGAAGUUUGAAAGGAAUAUCUCGUCGAUAAAAUGGUGGUAUUUACCUGUAAUGCCUGCGGGGAUUCACUGAAGAAGAACCAGGUUGAGAGUCACUAUCUGGGAAAGUGUCGUCGUUGUGAGGUUGUGUCAUGUGUCGACUGUGGAAAGGAUUUCUGGGGUAAUGACUACCAGAAUCACACCAAGUGUAUCAGCGAGGAGGAGAAAUACUCGGGUAAAAACUACAAACCUAAAGCCAACGCCAAUAAAGGGGACGCAAAACAGGAACUGUGGCUACAGCAAGUUCAGGAUGCCAUAGACAAAUGUUAUGCUAAUGCCCAGCUGAAAGGCUUACUGGAGAGGAUGAAGGAUUACCCAAACAUUCCCAGGAAACGAGCCAAGUUUGAGAAUUUUGUUGGUAAUAGUUUAAACACCAGGAACACAAACCUGAUAAACCAGGCAUGGGAUUUGUUAAUGGAAAAUACAUCACAGAAUAAACAACCAGACAAGAAACCUCCUGAAAAUGGUCACACAAACGGAAUGAGCCAAUCAACGAUGAAGAUUUCCAACGAAAUUACUGAACCACAGAUGGAGGAGAAAGGUAAUGAGGAAAGGAAAUUAAGUAAAAGAGAAAGGAAGGAAGAGAGAAGUAAAAAAAAUAACAAAAAGGAGAAAAAAGACAAAAGUGAAUCUAGUGAAAGUGUAGACUGUGAAAAAAGUAAAAAGAAAAAAAGCAAGAAAAGAAAGAGGGAUGAAGAGGAGGAAGAUGAGGAUUGUGAUGAAACAGAGAAGCCUAUGAAGAUUAAAAAGAAGAAAAAGAGAGAUAAAGAAAAUGCUGAUGAUUCUAUACCUGCUAACACAAAUAUUGAGGAGGACGAGGAGAUUGAAGAAGAAAGCCCAGCUAAGAGAGGAGUCAAAUUUGAUUGGGUGGAUGUGAUCACUACAGUUUUACAGAGUAAAGGCGAGAUGGCCUUGAAAAAACUCCGUAAAAAGGUGUUAGCUGAGUAUUUAUCACAAGGAAGGAGGGCCAUGGCAGAGGAAAAGCUUGGAGCCAAAUUCACCAAGAAGGUCACCAAGAACCCUACGUUUAUUGUACAUAAAGAACGAGUGAAAAUACGGAACAGAAAAUAGUUUUACAAUAUAUUGACUUAAUAUGAAAAACUAUGUGACAACAGACUCAUUUAAAAAAAAAAGUUUUAUUUUUAAAUUUACCUAAUUUGGUGUUACUAUUUUAGUAUACUGCCAUGUUUGUUAACAACUGGUGACAGAAGAUAUAUUUUAUAAUAUUAACUUGUUUCAAUUAAUGUAUAAUGGAAAUACCAGUGUAAUAUAACUGUGUAUGGAAUAGAAUAAUUUUCAGUCAAAUGAAACGCCCUUACGGACCUGCAAAAUGUGUCUUAUAAGACAGGGUGACUUUAUAGACAGGUGAUCACAGACUGUUGUGAGACAGAAAUAAAAUAUAUUUAGUUUCAUCAGUUUGUUAAGAAAAAAGUCUGACCAAAUCUUUUCACCAAAAUUCUGGAGGAAGAGUAUUUCUUGUGACCAUAUUCAUCAACAUUAUAUAUAAAAGAAAAGAAAAAUAUUACUGCAGUUCAAACAUUUAAAAAUUAAUUUUAGGGACUAGAAUAUAAUUCAUAGUUUAAUUAUAAAUCAAUAAAGCAUUAUAAUACAAA